CGCCGGCGGUGGUCAGUGAGCUCGCGGGCGCCUAGCUGCGCGCACCUAGAAACGCGUCUUCUCUUUGCACGUGAGAACGUCCGUUUCUUUCUUCCGCGUUCUGGAUGCCCCUCCGCCUGGGUUUGGUGGGCGCUCCUUUACGCAGUUAGAGCAGAAUGAUACAAGUCUUGGACCCAAGGCCUCUGUCCAGUUCCAUCAUGCCUGUCGAUGUUGCCAUGAGAAUAUGCUUGGCCCGUUCCCCACCUGUGAAGAGUUUUCUCAACCCACUUGAUGGCUAUCAAAGAAGAAACUUUGUGGACCGUUUCAAACCCCUCCGACCCUGCCUCCAUGUGAAACAUGAGACAGCCGAAUCUCCGGCCAGCGACUGGCAACGCUCUGCUGGCCGAGCCAAGAAGAGAGUGGUCUUUGCAGACUCGAAAGGCCUCUCUCUGACUGCCAUCCAUGUAUUUUCUGAAUUCCAGGAGAAUCCAUCAUGGGAUCUUCAGUUUGACUUGUUAGACCUCGAAGACAUCACAGCCAGCCUGAAACUGCAUGAGGAAAAGAACUUGAUUCUGGGGUUCACUCAACCUUCGGCUGAUUACCUGGAUUUCCGGAACCGUCUCCAGAAGAACUUUGUCUGCCUUGAGAACUGCACCCUCCAAGAAAGAGCCAUAUCAGGGACUGUGAAAGUGAAAAAUGUGAGUUUUGAGAAGAAGGUGCGGAUUCGGAUCACCUACGACUCAUGGAAAACAUACUCCGACAUUGAUUGCGUCUAUAUGAAAAACGUGUAUGGGGAUUCAGACAAUGACACUUUUUCCUUUGCUGUUGACUUGCCUCCUGCCAUUCCCACCAUAAAAAAGAUUGAAUUUUGUGUCUCCUACCAAAGUGGCGAGCACAUCUACUGGGACAAUAAUGAUAGGCAGAACUACAAGGUUGUCCAUGCCGAGUGGAAAUCUGAUGGGGUCCAAGCCCCUGCCUCUCCAAGAAAGGACACUGUAACACUGAAACCUUCUCGAAAAGUGCAAGAAACUGGUUGCCAACAACUUGGCAGCCCUCGGAUAGCCAAUGGCCUCUUCUCCGAAUGGCAAAGCUGGGGCAGGGUUGAAACCUCCUCUCCGUAUUGGUGAAUGAAAUAAAUCACAGAAACUUUGGUGGAAAGACCUGGUCCCUUUUGCUUCUAAGUGUGCAGUAUAAACAAACCACCUCAAAGGGUUUGCAGACUAUAUUUAAAAAGGGAGAGGGACAAAAAGAUGUGAAUUCAUACAGCAGCUACAACUUCAGAGACUUGGGAGAAUAUAAAUUCAAUGUGAAUGUCACCUAAUGUUUGGGGAAAAAAUGGCAUGUGUGGUCAAUAUAUGCAACUUUAUUUCUGCUGUUCACUUGUCUAAACUAGGGGCCUGAGAGAAAGGGGGAAAGAAAGAAAGCCUUGUUGGGAAGGAUAAUUGUGUGGCGGUGUUUUGGAAAACUGUCUGUGUGUGUGUGUGAGGAAUAUUGAACAGGUAGCCACAGAAAGCAAAGUGCCGACUUCAAAAUGUAAUGGAGAAUUGGGUGAUGCUGAGUUACCUAAUCUAAGGGCUGAAUUGAGGAUAGAUAAGUCCUGAAGCAUGACACCAUUGCGUGUUUAGGGUUCUGGUACAAAAGAAACUGUUCCAGCAGGUACAAAUGUAAAGAGGAGAAAGAGGGUGAGUGAGAGAGAAAGAUAGAGGAGAGGGAUGAAGAGAGGAAUGGAAGAUGAAGAAAUACAAUGCACUGUCUUACCAGGGAGAAAUAAAGUCUGGAGGAAUCUUACCUUUAAUAUCACCAAAACAAUUAUUUUGGGUUUUGUAGAGUAUAGUAAUAUACUAAGUACUACAUUCCUACAAAAUAGGGUCUCCACCUUUGUAUCCCAAAGCAGGUAUAGUCUCUUUAAGAACUUUGUGACAGGUACGGUUUUAACAGGUGCAACUUUCCCCAUCAAGUUUCAACUCCCACCAUCAAGUUUUGCAGUGUGUUUGGGGAGAGAUGAGCAUACCUAUUGGAUUUCUACCUGUCCAUCUUAGGUAUGUUUGGAGGAAGUGAGAGAAAGUAUGAAAAGAAUUGAGGUUUUGGAAUUCUGUGUGGAUAUCUCAGUUGGCCCUUCCAUACUUGUAGACUUGGCUUCUUCCAACUUGCUAUGCAAAAAGUCAAAUGUUUUCACAAACACUUUUGAAAUCAUAGAUCACAGCCGAUCUCCAUCCUCUGUAUGCAAAGGCUAUGCCUUCACCAACUUUCCCCAUCCACUGUGUCCCAAGAUCUUCUGUUUUCUCUUUAAAGAGAAACUCUUGUGAAAUGCCUUACUCUUAUCAAUGUUGCCUGUCAAUUUGCUGAAUUUGCCUUCUAAAAGUAGACACAAACUUUCCUCUUACCUUGCUCCUUGUUGCAGAGUUUAGUAACAUUUUCUCUCCUCUUAGAAAUAGCUCUUUGCAACAAUCAAAUAAACCUGAGCAAUUAAAAUCCUUCAUAUUGAAGGGGUGACAUGCAGCUGCACUUCUCAAGCUAAUCCGUUUAAUAUGACAGCAUAUGCAUCUUGCACAUAAAUAGAAAUAGUUUUCUAUUCACUUUCUCAUACCUCAUUUUCCUUCUGUAGCUUUUACAGAUGCAGAAUGCUUUGUGUGUGUGUUUUUUAAAGUGUAGGGUUAAUUUCCUUCUGAUAUAUUUUGUAAAAAUAGUGUGUGACUGUAACUUUGGCACAGGCUGUGUGGCACAAAGCCAGUUAGGAUAAGAGUGUGUACCCAUCUUUGUGUUCACUUACCUGUUUCUGUAGUGGUGAUAUUGGCAAGGAAAAAAAAUGCAAAUUGAAUCGAAAUUCCUGUUUGUUACACCAAUGCCAAGAUGAAAUUUGCAUUGUCAAAAAAAGGAAAGGGAAAAUGCUUUUCCAUAUCUAACUUUUCUGCCUGCUGUAUCACACUAUUGUGUAAAAUGACUCACUUGAUAAUAAAUUGUGUUUUUGGAUAACUA